CUCUGUCAAACUGCAUAAAAAAGUUUGUUUUCAUAUAUGAAGUAAUAACCUUAACCUCAAAGUAAUUCGAAUUCGUAACAUUUUGUCACAAAUUUCAAAAUGAACAAAUCUGGCAGAAUAUUGAAACUAUAUAAAAAACUACUGAACGAUCACUUUGUAAUGGUACAGGCGGUACAGACAGGCACUUUAAUGGGAACAGGAGACUUAAUAGCCCAGACAAUCAUAGAAAAAAAGUCCUUCAAGCAAGUUCAUCUCUGGAGGACAGCUAGGUUUUUUGCGAUCGGGGCAGUUAUGGUGGGACCAACUAUUUCGAUAUGGUACAGAGCUCUGUCAAAAUACAUCGGCCAUACUGGAAAAUCAGUGGUUCUCAAAAAGGUGGCUUUGGAUCAAUUCGUCUUCGCACCAACUUUCUUGGCGCUGUUCAUCACUGUUAUGAAUACUCUCGAAGGGCACAGUUGGGACUUUAUUAAACUCCAGUUGAAGAAGAAGUACAAAGACAUUCUUAUUACCAACUAUGAAGUUUGGCCACCCAUUCAGCUAUUCAAUUUUUAUUUCAUUCCUCUGCAGUACCAAGUUCUGCUUGUUCAAGUUGUUGCUUUGUUCUGGAAUGCAUAUUUGUCAUGGAAAACUGAAGAGAAAUAACUAAAAUGUGAAAAAUGUCAGUUAUAUUCGAGCUUAUUUUUCGAUUCAAUACAUAUUGUAAUAUCCCAUUGGCUAUUCUAACGAUAUUUUAACAAGAUAUUUGUUUAAAAUGA